AUGAAAGCGGCACAAGAUCGACAAAAAUCAUAUGCGGAUAAACGGAGGCGACCAAUUGAGUUCAACGUGGGUGAUAUGGUCAUGUUGAAAGUAUCGCCUUGGAAGGGAGUUUUGAGAUUUUGUAAGCAAGGUAAACUAAGUCCUCGUUUUGUUGGACCCUUCAAGAUACUUGAGCGAGUGGGAAAGCAAGCUUAUCGUUUAGAGCUACCGGAAGAACUCGCCGGAAUUCAUGAUGUCUUUCACGUGGGUUAUUUACGAAAGUGUCUUGGUAAACAUGCUGAAGCGGUUCCUUUAGCGGAGGUAAAAGUUGAUAAACGGUUGACAUACACGAAGGAACUGGAAGUUAUCUUAAAUGAAAGAACGGUGAACCUUCGAAAUAAGAUUGUAGACUGGGUGUUGGUCAAAUGGAAGCAUCACCAAGGUCCAAAUUGGACUUGGGAGAACAAAAACGAGAUGAAAGUCAAGUAUCCACAACUCUUUGAGCAACAAUGA